AUGAGCUUGAAAGAAGUAUUCGAACAACAUCCAUGGAGGUCAUUUAAGAAGUUCAAUGAAGCUGCAAAGAGUUGGGGAUUUACUAACAGAGCUGAAGUGAAAAGGUUCUUUGACAAAAAUGUUGUACAUCAAACAAAAAUAAACCCUUACGACUACUUUUUACCAAUUUACUCCAACACUCCUGACGCAUACCAAUUUGACACUCUCAUUCAAAGCAGAAAAGGAGGACAUAAACCAUUCCUCAUCUUCAUAAAUGUUAACACUCGUAAAGCAUAUGCAUAUUCAAUGAAAAAUAAAGGAACUCGUGAAGUGUUAAGAGUUUUACAAAAGUUUGUAGCAGAACAUAGCCCAAGUACUUUAACAUCAGACCAAGACAGUGCAUACCUCAGCAACGAAAUCACAGAAUUUCUCAUUAAGCAUAACAUAACUCACUACACUACUGAAGACCAUAACCAUAACAUACUCGGCAUCAUAAACCGCUUCAUAAGGACUCUCAGAGAUUUAAACCAAGAGCGAGACUUUACCGAAGAAACAAUGAAACACUUUCUCGAA